AUUAUUAUUUAUUUGCAAUAAGUACUCUAUAAUUGGACCUCUUGGUGAAUACUAAUUAAUCUCGCAUACAGAUCAGAGGAUGAGCACUUCUUCCAUGGCCUUUCAAUUAGGAGCUUCUUCCUCUCUCUCAUUCUCUUCUUCUUCCAUUCGUAGAUGGACUCACGAUGUAUUCUUGAGUUUUAGAGGUGAGGAUGUUCGCCAAAACUUUAUUUCUCAUCUAUACCAUGCUUUGCAUCAAAGGGGAAUCAACACUUACAUAGACAACAAUCUCGAAAGAGGAGAGGAAAUCUCGUCAGAACUUUCCAAAGCAAUUGAAGGAUCAAUGAUUUCUAUCAUUGUACUAUCUAAGAACUAUGCAGAGUCUCGAUGGUGUUUAGAUGAGCUAUUGAAGAUCCUCGAGUGUAAGGAAAUGGUAAAACAAAUUAUUUUACCCUUGUUCUAUGAUGUAGAUCCGUCAGAGGUACAACAUCAAAAAGGGAGUUUUGGAGAAGCAUUCGCCAAACUUAGAUAUAAGUUGAAGGAUGAAGUAAAGGUCACAAAGUGGGAGGCAGCUUUGGAAAAAGUAGCCAAUUUGUCCGGACUCGAAUUAGGGACAGGUACUUCUUAUGAGUUGAAUGAAUCAGAGUUUAUUCAGGAUAUCAUUAAAUGGGUGGAUUCAAAAAUGGUAAAUCGUACAUUUCUCAAGGUUGCUAAGUAUCCAGUUGGAAUAGAGUCCCGUGUACGAGACAUUUAUCGACAUUUAAAUAUGGGAAGGAAUGAUAUUAUAUGCAUGGUAGGGAUAUUUGGAACCGGUGGAAUUGGAAAGACAACUAUUUCAAAAGAGAUCUAUAACAGGAUUUCUUAUCAAUUUGAAGGAAGUUGUUUCUUGAAAGACAUUAGAGAAAUUUCAAAAGUAGGAGGUUUGAUCCAGCUACAAAAGACACUUCUUUAUGAGAUUUUGAGAAUAAGUUUGGAGUUUCAUGAUACUGACAAAGGCAUCAAUGUAAUUAGGCAGAGACUUUGCUCUAAAAGGGUUCUCCUAAUUCUUGAUGAUGUGGAUGACUUGGUCCAACUAGAAACAUUGGCUGGAGCUCGAGAUUGGUUUGGUUUAGGAAGUAGAAUCAUCAUCACAACAAGAGAUCAACAUUUAUUAAAUAUAUCUAAAGUUGAUUCAAAAUAUGAAGUAAAGAGAUUGGACCAUAAAGAAGCUCUUGAGCUCUUUAGAUUGCAUGCUUUUGAGGGAGACAAACCUAUUGAAGAUUAUGUGGAACUCUCUAAGCAUGUAAUGCAAUAUGCUGAGGGCCUUCCACUAGUUUUAACAGUGCUAGGCUCAGAUUUAAGGGGUCAGAAUAUAAGUUACUGGAGAAGUACAUUGGAUAAGUAUAAACGAAUUCCUAGCAAAAAUAUUCAAAAAGUACUUUGUAUAAGUUACGAUGGAUUGGAUGAUAAUGAGAAGGAGAUUUUCCUCGAUAUUGCCUUUUUUUUCAAAGGACAAUACUUGGAUCAUGUCGUUAAAAUAUUAGACAGCUGUGGUUUCUCUCCGGAGAAUGGUAUCAAAAGGCUUAUAGAUAAAUGUCUCAUUACAGUUACUACUUACAAUACAUUGUGGAUGCACGACUUGCUACAGGACAUGGGAAGAGAAAUUGUCCGAAAGGAAUCACCCAAAGAACCAAGCGCACGUAGUAGAUUAUGGUUUCAUGAAGAUAUUCGCCAUGUACUAGAGGAAAAUACAGGAACAAGCAAUGUUGAGGGGAUAGAAGUGAUUCUGCCUGAGGGUGAUUAUCAUGACAUGAUACGCUUGAGUCCCAAAUCGUUUGCAAAGAUGAAAAGACUCAGAAUUUUUAAAAGCCAUGGUGCAUACUUUUCUGGAAGAUCACUUGAUUAUCUUUCUAAUGAAUUAAGAGUGCUUGAUUGGUCAAACUGUCCUUUACAAUCUUUGCCAUCCAAUUUCCGUGGAGAGAAGCUCUUUGAUUUCAAACUAUAUAGAGGCCGCAUCCAGGAGAUUAGCGGGCAAUUUAAGAGCUUGACGAGAAUGAGGUUUUUUGAGUGUAAGUUCUUAACCAACAUCCCAAAUCUUUCGAGUUGCUCAAGUUUAAAGGAAUUGGAUAUUAUGGAUUGUGAAAAUUUAGUCGAAGUUCAUGAUUCUGUUGGAUUCCUGGAUAAGCUUGCUCGUCUGCGUCUUUCUCAAUGCUCCAACAUGAAGAGUUUUCCAAGGCGUCUCAAGUUGAGAUCUCUAGAAGUCCUUACACUUCAUAACUGCUCAAAACUUCAAACCUUUCCAGAAAUCGAGUGUAAAAUGGAAUAUUUAUGUUGCAUCGCAUUAUUCGGCACUCCAAUAAAAGAAUUGCCUUCAUCCAUUGGGUACCUCACUCCUGCGCUUAAAGAGUUACUUUUGGAGCAAUGCUCAAAACUUAUGCGUCUCCCCAGUAGCAUUCAUCAGUUACAAAAUCUAAAGGUGGUUUUUCACAGUGGCUGUAUGAAUGGAUGCUUCACUAGGAUUGAAGGCUGCAAGGACCUGAUGCAUCUCCCAAUCAGCGUUUCUCACUCGCAACAUCUAAAGAGUCUUUCUUUCGAAAAUUAUACAAAUCUUGCAAGACAAGAAAUAAGUUUAGUCUUUAGGUACCCCAUUGGGCGUAAAAAACAUUCACACCUAAUAUCAUCCAGAACGAUUAAGAGGUCUGAACCAGAAUCAAGUGUUGAAUUACGACGACAACGCUUGUCGUCGCUUUAUUGGUAUCUUGACGACUUCUCAUUUUAUUGCUCAUCCACUUUGCAAGAGUUAGAUCUAUCUUGGGGUGCUGUUGUCAGCCUUCCUCCGAGCAUCAAAACAUAUGUUGAAUUGAGGAUUCUUAGAUUGUGCCAUUGUGAGAAACUUCAAGAAAUUCUACAUCUUCCACCAAAUAUACAAGAGCUAUAUGCCAGAGAGUGUUUCUCCUUGGAACGAUUCCCAGAAGUAUCAACAAAAUUUCAAUUCUAUACAUCAUGUGGCUUGCGAGAGCUAAGAUGGAUUGACUUGUCCAGUUGCCAUAAAUUGGUUGCAAAUAUAGGGAGUCAGGUGCCAAAUCCUUCAUUUGUUGAGGAACAUAUUCAGGACCAUUCAUGUGGUAUUAUAUUUCCAGGGAAUAAGAUUCCAGACUGGUUUAGUCAUACUAAGGAGAUUUCAAAUGGUGAUAAUUCUUGUGAAUUGGAUAUUAGUGGUCCCUUGUAUUUGGAAGAAAUCAUAGGAAUUGUUUUCUAUGCCGUUCUUGGAUCCGACCCGGAUUACCCCUUGGGGCCCUUCCCCGGUAUUUGUGUUUCUAUAAAUGGUAACAUGCUUGUGGAAGCAAGGUUUUACUUAUAUGGAGGCUCGGAUCAUGUAUAUCUAAAUUACUCGUUUCCAGAAUGUAUCGAGCAAUUGCUGCGGUACCCAACAGGAGACAAUCUGAGGUUUAGAUUUGAUUGUGAUUCUUAUAAAGUGAUGUUUAAAAGUUGCGGAGUCCACAUAAUCUAUAAGCAUGAAGAGAAUGAGAGCCUAACAGUUGGGGAGUGCUCAGUAGAUUCGUCAAAUGGUGUUGACGGUGAUUUCGCAAAAGCAGAAGGAGGCUCUGACUCUGAGGGAAGUUUAAAAGAAGAAGUACCUGCCUCUCGAUCUGCGUCCCAAGAAGGCCAGGGAAUUCGGAGAAGGCUUACUAGGCAUCAGGGAUUGAAUGGUUGA